ACACUCAUCGUUUUCAAUUUCCUUUUUACGGGUGAUUAGUCCAUUCAAUUUGUUUUUCGUCAAUGGUGAUUGUCAUGAAUUUUACGAACCCCUCUUUUUGUUGCUGACAUGUCUCUGUUUACUCUGUUUUUCCUUGCUUCAAAUGGAAUUCAUCGGUUUAUGAUUAAAUUGGGACAACCCUUUUUUCAGAAAUUUGAAUUACCCAUUUCGAUUUCGAUAGUAUGGAUUCAGUUCUUGAGUUCUUAUACCCGAAAUUGAUUCUUUUCGUGUUGGGUUUUUGGUCCUCUGUCUCCACCUAUUUGCUUCAAUUGCUACGUUAUUUCACAAGGUUUAUAAGAAAUGGCAGUUCUUCUUCAAAGGGGGUAUUAAAUGAUUCUAGGGUUGGAUUAAUGGAAGCCAUUGAAGGGAGUUCAAAGGUAACUGAAUCAGAAAUGGAGUUUGAAGAGAACCCAUGUUUUUUUUCAGAGUUUUUAAGUAUGGAAAAUGAUGGGGUUGAAGAAGAUGAAACCCCUGAGUUUUCGUUUACCUUUAAAUUUCCAACUUUUGAAGAGUUUAGUAAAACCCAGAAAGAUUUCUCUCAUUUGCUUGAUUUGGAGAACAGUUUUAGUGAAUUUAUCAACCCACUUGAGGUUUCUCAUGAUUUGGAUGAAGUUGAAUCGAAUUCGAAUAAUGGGUUUUUCUUAGAUGAUGAUCAGAAAAAAGAUGAUUUUGAAGAUCAAGAAGAAGAAGAAGGUGUUCAUGAGGCUUCCCAUGAUUUGGAUGAAGUUGAAUCGAAUUCGAAUAAUGGGUUUUUCUUAGAUGAUGAUCAGAAAAAAGAUGAUUUUGAAGAUCAAGAAGAAGAAGAAGGUGUUCAUGAGGCUUCCCAUGAUUUGGAUGAAGUUGAAUCGAAUUCGAAUAAUGGGUUUUUGUUAGAUGAGCAGAAAGGGGAUGAUUUUGAAGCUCAAGAAGAAGGAGAUGGUGUUCAUGAGCAGAUGAUGGUUGAAACUCCAAAUGAGAACAAGAUUGGAGAAGGAACAGAAGAAAUCGAUACAUUUAUCGUAGAGAAAUUGCAAAAAGUUCACCAUGAAAGUUUUCAAUCAUCUUCUGAUUCAGAUACAGAUUCAGUUAGUUCAAAUAAUCUUCAUCUUGAUGAUGGGUUUUUAUCAGAUGGAGACUUCGAACUAGAAUCUAUCAAAAAAGAUCAAGACGAGUGUCCAAAACCCGAUUUCUUAUCCGAGAAAGAUUUUGGUGGGAAAUCAAGAAACAUAAUGGAACCAGAAGUAUCGAAUGUGGUGGACACCGACAAGAAGAAUUUAUCAAAUGAUACAACAAACAAGUUGGAAUCUUUAUGGGAACAUCAAGAACUUAUAGAACAGUUGAAGAUGGAGAUCAAGAAGGUUAGAGCCACCGGACUACCAACAAUCUUGGAAGAACCGGGAUCACCUCCAAAGAUAAUGGAGGAGUUGAAGCCAUGGAAGAUCGAAGAAGUGUACCAAAGUGGCGGAGGGACGAUGGGUGAAGUUCACAAGUUCUACAAAAGCUAUAGAGAGAGGAUGCGCAAAUUCGACAUCUUCAAUUACCAGAAAAUGUAUGCCAUAGGUUUCUUACAGCUAAAAGAUCCUCUUCAAUCAGCUUCGAGCUCAAAGUCUUCGGUUUCUGAAAUCACGACACUUCUUAGCCAAAGUUUCGCAACCCCGAAAGGUAAGAAGCAUGAAAACGACCCUACGGUUAAGUUCAUCAAAGAACUACAGAGUGAUUUGGAAGUCGUGUAUGUCGGCCAAAUGUGUCUUUCUUGGGAAAUUCUACAUUGGCAAUAUGAAAAAGCGUUGGAUAUAUGGGAAUCAGACCCACGUGGGGUCCGGCGAUUUAAUGAUAUUGCCGGAGAAUUUCAACAGUUUCAAGUGUUGAUGCAAAGAUUUAUCGAAGAUGAACCUUUUCAAGAUCCGAGAAUCCAGAAUUACGUCAAGAAUCGCUGCAUUUUCCGUAAUCUUUUACAGGUUCCGGUUAUUAGAGAGGACCCUUUCAAGAGCAAGAAGAAAGCAAGAAGCGAAUUCGUAUACGACAUCACGAGUGACAUGCUAAUCGAGAUCCUGGAAGAAUCUAUACGUAUUUUCUGGCGAUUUGUUCGUGCCGACAAGUAUAGGCGACAAACACCCGUCGAGUUUCAGAAACCCGAGGAUUCCCAAAUCUUCAUGGAUCUCCAGAAAGAUUUACACAAGAAAGAGAAGAAGCUAAAAGAGCAAAUGAGAAGUGGGAAAUGCAUACUAAAGAAGAUGAAGAGAAGGUGUAGAGAAGAAGAAGAAGAGGAAAUAGAAGAUGAAGUUGUGUACUUUUUUUGUCAAGUAGAUAUGAAACUUGUGUCAAGAGUCUUGCAAAUGUCAAGAUUAACAAGUGACCAAUUGAUGUGGUGUCAUAAUAAACUAAGUAAACUUAGCUUUGCAAAUAGGAAGAUUCAUGUUGAACCCUCUUUUUUGUUGUUUCCUUGUUAGAUUUCAGGGGUUUUAGGGAUCUGUUCUGGUUCUGAUAGGGCUAAUACAUAUGUAUAACUGGUUUGUUUUGGUUCUGAUAGGUGCGCCUGACAUGGCAUUUUCACCUUUUGGUGUUUUGGUUUCUUAUUUAGGGCAAUGUUUAAUGAAGUCGGUUUAUUCGUU